AUGUUAUAUUCGGAUCCUCAGCACAAACCGAUGGAUGCAAUGGAUGUACGCUCGCAGUUUUGCUUCGACUGUAACGCACGAAACCCGACAUGGUCUAGCGUAACAUUCGGCGUCUACAUCUGCCUCGACUGCUCGAGUAAUCACCGCAACAUGAUUGGGCCAAAGGCGACUAGUGCGGCCGCUACUGCAACCAAUGGCACGAAGGCUGGUGCUGCUGUUCCCGCGCCAUUCCCGAGGUUUGGGUUCGGUGCUAUUCCAGGAGCUGGAGUUGCCGCUGACACCGCCAUGGCCGCAGCUUCGUCAUCUUCGAAAGCCAGCUCGAUCCCAGACGAGUCGCCCACUACCGCACGAGACAAAUUCGGAAGCCAGAAGGCAAUCUCUUCUGAUAUGUACUUCGGUCGAGGCUCGUACGACCCUACUUAUAGACGCUCCCCACUUAGCACCUAA